AGCCUACCCAAAUGAAGACACUGCAUAAAGGGCUCUUUAAGACAGGCUACUUUCCCAAAGCUGUAAUGAUAGGUUUUUUUUAACGAACGCGACUGACCAUUGCAGUAGCCUUGGAUGCUUCAAUUCACAUACUAUCAAACCAGUUCUAUUAUUUAGAUGUCUUCACUACCGUUUUUUGUCUGUGGACUUUCCUUUGGUUUUAUCGUCAGUUAUUCUGUUUUACAAACUAACUUUGAAACUAACACUUAUUUUCGGAUGACUGCGAGCAACCAAAUAACGGAGCCUCCCAUCAUGGAGCUUCCAAGGGCGGACGCUUCACUACCAACCGAAGACCGACGAGGGACCAUACUCACGAAGGACCGUUUUCCCAAAGUGCGAGUAUUGUGCUGGGUAAUGACGGCACCUAAGAAUCUGCAGAAGAAGGCAAGGCAUGUCCGUGCCACUUGGACCAAGCGAUGUGAUAAAGUGCUGUUCAUGAGUUCGCAAGAGACCGAGUUUCCUACAGUGGGGCUUAAUGUGUCCGAGGGCAGAACUCAACUCUACUGGAAGACGAUAAGAGCUUUCCAGUACAUUCACAAGAACCACUUGGGUGAUGCCGAUUGGUUUUUGAAAGCCGAUGACGACACCUACGUUGUGCUGGACAAUCUUCGCUAUCUCCUUUCUAAGCAUGACCCGGAACGACCCAUUUAUUUUGGCCGUCGUUUCAGACCGUUUGUACCUCAGGGCUACAUGAGCGGAGGGGCUGGCUACGUUCUGAGCAAAGAGGCGCUCAGGAGGUUCGUGGAAGGAUUCCGCGUGGGAAAAUGCACCCACCUUUCUUCAGUUGAGGACAUGGCCUUGGGAAAAUGCAUGCAGACGAUGGGAGUGGAAGCGGCAGACUCCAGGGACGAAAAGAAAAGGGAAACAUUUCACCCUUUUCCUCCAGAAAAGCACUUAAUCAAGACCCUGGGCCGUAAACAAUCCUGGUACUGGGGUUAUAGCUAUUACCGCUCCGUUGAGGGCCCUGAGUGCUGUUCAGAUCUUGCAGUGUCCUUCCAUUACAUAAGCCCAAAUGACAUGUAUGUACUGGAAUAUUUUGCCUAUCACCUUCGCCCAUAUGGCUAUCAAUACAGAUUCAAUCCUGAUUCACUACAAAAUAAUUCAGAGAAAACGAAGGUAUGAAAUACAAAUUUGAUGUAUGUCUUGCUAAAAUCAUGCCAUUAUUAACACCAUUGUAUUGGUUUUCUGUUUGGUUUGGUACAUUUGUAGGAGAUAUUCUGUUCCUUGGGAUUUUGAAAAAAUCUAUAAAAAAGUGUUGUUAAUUUUACUGUUUUAAUCAAAACUUAUAGUCCUGGAUAACCAGCAAUUAAUUGUUUUUCAUUAGUGCCAGCAAGCCAAUGUUUCCUUGACCUGAAAAGACCUGUUUUUGACAAAAGGUUUCUUUGUAUGAAAAUAAUUACAGUAUUUAGACCCGUUUCAAUUACUGGUGAUGCUUAUUUGUGAUAAUGCAUAAAGAGAAGUUGUUUGUAGGAAUGGGAGAUGAAGACCGAAAUCCACCUAAACAAAGGUCACUGAAAUGUCAUUGUGUGUGUGUGUGUGUGUGUGUGUGUGUGUGUGUGUGUGUGUAAUGUUGGAAAGCAGAUA